AUGGCCACAGACCCUCCCACCCCCCUCCACACCAUCCUCACCUUCCUCCUGCACCAAUGGCUCCUCAUCGGCAUAGGCAUCGCCUGCAUCCUGGCCUACUACUUCCCCUCCGUCGCCAAACACGGCGGCACCAUCCACGCCGAAUACACCAUCCUCUACGGCGCCAUGGCCCUCAUCUUCCUGAUCUCCGGCCUCACCAUCCCGCGCGACAAGCUCCUCCGCCACGCCCGCAACAUCCGCCUCCACCUCCUCGUGCAGUCCAUCUCCUUCCUUCUCGUCCCCGCCCUCCUCCUCGCCAUCGUCCACCUCAUCCUCGCCGCCGACUCCUCCGCCCCGCGCAUCGACCCCGCCCUUCUCACCGGCUACCUCUUCACCGCCGCCAUCCCCACCACCAUCGCCAGUAACGUCGUCAUGACCCGCGCCGCCGCCGGCGACGACGCCGCCGCCCUCGUCGAGGUCCUCCUCGCCAACCUCCUCGGCCCCUUCAUCUCCCCCGCCUGGACCCUAGCCAUCCUACCCCGCGCCCCGGCCUUCGACCCCUGGCGCGCCGCCACCGCAGACCUCGCCGCCAUGUACCGCGCCGUGUUCCGCCAGCUUGGCCUGGGCGUGCUGCUGCCGCUGGUGGUCGGGCAGGCGGUGCGGUGGUCGUGGCCGGCGCCGACGGCGCGGGUCGUGGAGCGGGCGCGGCUGGCCAAGGUGGGGAGUUUCUGCAUGCUGCUGUUGGUUUGGUAUUGCCCCUUUUCCGUUUCCUAG